GGGAGGAGCGAAGAGCGAUAGAGGAAGCAAAGGAAACGCGCCGCCGCCGCCUCCUCUCUGUUCCGCCGAGAGCAGGCGCCAAAAAUUUCGAAGCGGCGCGGAGAAAAACCCUCACAAAAACCCGCCGACUUUUCGUAGGAGGGCGUUCCCUGCCCCUUCUGACCAGUCUUCUCUCGAAGUAGUUCUCUCUCAGAGAAGCUGCAGUUCGAAACGGUAGUCUUCAGGCUUUGCCGCUGCCGUUUGGCAGUCUCAUCCUACAGCAGCAGUGUGUUCACUUGAAAGACGUGCAGUCUUAGGGUUCUGACUUUUGAUAACAUAGGGUUUUGACUUCCGCGAUUCGGGGCAGGGAGAGGCAAAGAGGGAGCUUCUUUGGGAAUUUGAAGCGGUCUCGAUGAAGGCUUUCAGGGUUGCGGAGGCGAAUCUAUGUGUUUAUUUGCAUCCUUCCGCAUCCAAAAACAUCAUGCAAGCAGUCCGUCAGCAACUAAGCUCCCUGAUCUUAAAAUACGAUGAUCGGUUUGAUGGAGUGGUACUCGCGCACUAUGACACGAAGAUCCAAAAUAAGACAGCAAGAUUGAUGAGCUCAUUGACACCUUAUUUUGGUGUUCGAUUGAGAACUAAGCUACUACUUUUUUCUCCAAAACCUGGGAUGCUUCUAGCAGGAAAGGUGACAACAAUAGGAUUGGAUUUUGUUCGUGUUAUCGUGCUUGGUAUCUCAGUUGCAACCAUUUCAUUUGAUGACAUCCGUGAAGAAUUCAGUUACCUAGAAAAUGGUGAUGAGAGAAUGCUUCGUAGUACACUUCAUCGGCGGCAUGUAAUUCAAAUUGGUACUAUUCUGCAUUUUGUAGCAAAAAGUGUUGAGGAAACAACUGGUGAUAUAAUGGGGUCUCUGAUGCCGCAUGAUACUGGAAGUGUUCAAUGGUUGUACUCACACAAAGCAAGGAAACGUGACAAAUUGAGCUCGAAAUUGGAGUCACAAGAACAAGAUCUGCAAAUGAAGAAUAGCACCACCCCUAGAAAAACACACAAAUCCAAGAGGAGACGCAUGCAUGAGGAUUUGAGGCCAUGAAAUAUGCAUGAGAUGGGGCAAAGAUGUGUACUGUCAUUCCUUUGCAAACAUAAUCCGGUGCUGGUUACCCAUUUUGCAGUGCCAACGAAAUGAUUUUGUUCAUUGUGCAAUUUACACUGGACUGUUAUUUUUACGAAUUUUGCUUCUGAUAUCUUUGUGCAGCUCAGGCAGUUGCCCUUGCUGGCACAUUAGUUGUUGUGGAGUUUCCUCGUGUAUUAUUUAUUUGUUAAUUUUAAGGCAGAAGGGGAUCUGCCCUUGUUUAUAGUGUCGCUGGCGCCAUACCAUGAAGAAAGUGGAUUAGUUUUGUAUAAUCAGAUUAUUGUUAGCUAGAAAAUUAAAUAUUUGUCUC